CCCCGGCUGCUGCUGACCCAACUCGGACCCAGACCUAGACCCAACCAGCACCCACUCCGGCCCCAGCUAGCUCUAGAUCGCGCCAUGCGGGGCUCGAGUGCGGCUCUGUGGUUCUGCCUGGCUCUGCGCACUGCACUCAGCGGGAUGGAGGUGCGGUGGUGCACCACCUCAGACCCCGAGCAGCAGAAAUGCAGCGACAUGAGCAAGUCCUUCCAGGAAGCCGGGAUUCAGCCCUCCCUCCUGUGCGUUCAGGGCACCUCAGCCGACCACUGCGUCCAGCUCAUCACCACCCUGGAGGCUGACGCCAUCACUCUGGAUGGAGGAGCCAUUUAUGAGGCGGGAAAGGAGCAUGGCCUGAAGCCCGUGGUGGGUGAAGUGUAUGAUCAAGAGGUUGGUACUUCCUAUUAUGCUGUAGCUGUGGUCAAGAGGAGCUCCAAUGUAACCAUCAACACCCUGAAAGGUGUGAGGUCCUGCCACACGGGCAUCAACAGGACCGUGGGCUGGAACGUGCCCGUGGGCUACCUGGUGGAGAGCGGCCGCCUCUCGGUGAUGGGCUGCGAUGUGCUCAAAGCUGUCAGCGACUACUUUGGGGGCAGCUGCGUCCCUGGGGCAGGAGAGACUAGAUACUCCGAGUCCCUCUGUCGUCUCUGCCGGGGCAACAGCGCUGGAGAGGGCGUGUGUGACAAGAGCCCCCUGGAGAGAUACUAUGAUUACAGCGGGGCCUUCCGGUGCCUGGCAGAAGGGGCAGGGGACGUGGCCUUCGUGAAGCACAGCACGGUGCUGGAGAACACUGAUGGAAAAACCCUGCCCUCCUGGGGCCAAGUGCUGCUGUCACAGGACUUCGAAUUGCUGUGCCGGGAUGGGAGCCGGGCUGACAUCACCGAGUGGAGGCAAUGCCACCUGGCCAGGGUGCCCGCUCACGCUGUGGUGGUCCGGGCUGACACAGACGGGGGCCUCAUCUUCCGGCUGCUCAACGAAGGCCAGCGCCUGUUCAGCCACGAGGACAGUAGCUUCCAGAUGUUCAGCUCUGAGGCCUAUGGCCAGAAGAACCUGCUAUUCAAAGAUGCCACCUCCGAGCUGGUGCCCAUUGCCACACAGACCUACGAGGCAUGGCUGGGCCCUGAGUACCUGCAUGCCAUGAAGGGUCUCCUCUGUGAUCCCAACCGGCUGCCCCACUACCUGCGCUGGUGUGUGCUGUCCACUCCCGAGAUCCAGAAGUGUGGGGACAUGGCUGUGGCCUUCAGCCGGCAGAGGCUCAAGCCAGAGAUCCAGUGUGUGUCAGCCGAGUCCCCCCAGGACUGCAUGGAACGGAUCCAGGCUGGACAAAUCGACGCUGUGACCCUGAGCGGUGAAGACAUUUACACAGCGGGGAAGACAUAUAGCCUGGUUCCCGCAGCAGGGGAGCACUAUGCCCCGGAGGACAGGAGCAACUCAUACUUCGUGGUGGCCGUGGUGACGCGGAACAGCUCCUACGCCUUCACGCUGGACGAGCUGCGGGGCAAGCGUUCCUGCCACUCGGCCUUCGGCACCCCCGCCGGCUGGGACGUGCCCGUGGGAGCCCUGCUGCAGAGGGGCUUCAUCCAGCCCAAGGACUGCGACGUCCUCACAGCGGUAAGUGAGUUCUUCAGCGCCAGCUGCGUGCCCGUGAACAACCCCAAGCACUACCCCUCCUCUCUGUGCACGCUCUGCGUGGGGGACGAGCAGGGCCGCAACAAGUGUGUGGGCAACAGCCAGGAGAGGUACUUCGGCUACAGCGGCGCCUUCAGGUGCCUGGUUGAGAACGCGGGGGACGUCGCCUUUGUCAAGCACACGACUGUCUUUGACAAUACAAAUGGCCACAAUUCUGAGCCUUGGGCCGCUGAGCUCAGGUCAGAGGACUAUGAGCUGCUGUGUCCCAAUGGGGCCCGGGCCGAGGUGUCCCAGUUUGCAGACUGCAACCUGGCACAGAUACCGUCCCAUGCCGUCAUGGUCCGGCCAGACACCAACAUCUUCACUGUGUAUGGACUGCUAGACAAGGCCCAGGAUCGGUUUGGCGAUGACCACAAUAAGAAUGGUUUCAAAAUGUUUGACUCCUCCGACUAUCAUGGCCAAGACCUGCUUUUCAAGGACGCCACAAUCCGGGCAGUGCCCGUGGGGGAGAAAACCACAUACCGUGACUGGCUGGGCCUCGACUACGUGGCAGCUCUGGAAGGGAUGCUGUCUCAGCAGUGCUCGGGUGCAGUGGUCACUGCCCCCAGGGCCUCUCUGCUCCUGCCGCUGCUCCCACUGGCCCUCACAGUCGGCCUCCUCCAGCCCUCCCUCUGAAGCAGCUCUGGGCGAGCUUCACACUCCCUCGGAAUGGACACCUACUUGGAAAUCUCUAUAAAUAAGGCUGUUCUCCUCAGUAAAUCCAGCUAACACUGCUCAGAGAGAAACAUGUGAUGGGAGAGGAAAUGUGAGAAACCAUGGAGCUCCUCAGAGCUGUGAUUCCGACACAGAAGUUUCUGUGAUCACUUCAAAGUGGAAUAAAGAUGAAUCUCAAAGGAAAGACCCCCAGCCUCGAGUUGGACAUGAGCAGGUCUCUCAUGCUGGAACCCAGCCUCUGCCUCCCAAGCACCACCUGUCGCUCAGCUACCUGAGGCGUGCUGGCCGGCCUCCCAGUCACGGCCCACCCACAGGCUGCCACUGCUUCCCUGCAAAUCUGCAGGCUCCCACCACACGGGGCCUCACCAGGCUUGGGUUUGGAAAAGGCCAGUUACCAAAGAAACAGGCUGAAUCCAGGCUUCCCACACGGCCCUCUCUAUCCUGGAGCCACUCAGGGGGGCCUGGAGAGAUGGCACGCCCUACCGUCACCGCCCCUGUCUGUUCCCACUUCCUCCUGUGGAGAAUGGACACUGCACCUCCUAUCAGCCUCUGCUCCAUCUGGCCUCCAGGCUCUACAUUCCAGCCUCCCUCCUGAGGACGUUGUGUCUGUCCACUGACAUCCACCAGAUGAGACCACAGCCAGGCCUUCCAAGAUGGAGAAGCUGCUGGGCACAGGCAGCCCCUUGUCCUUGUCUUCUGGGGCUUGGCUUAGCCCAGACCAUUGGACCCCUGAUUGUACUGGGCUGGUGAGGGCAGGGAGUCUAGAGCUGGACCGUAGGAAUGAAACCCUCAAGGGACCUUCAGACAAAGGAAAUGCUUCUUAGUAAGAAUUGUUACUAAGUGUGAGAAUUGAUGCAGGGUCGGGGCUCCAAAAUCCUGCCUAAACCCCUGUCUGCUGUAAGGAGGGCAGGCCUCAGAGUGGGACAUGCUGUGUGCCCUGCCUUUCAGUGAAUUCAGCCGCACCAGCCUGUGUCCCAGGGUUAAGCCCACUCCUGUUUCCUCCCCUUAGUCUCCAGUUCAAAUCAUUCCCUUCUACCCAGUGUGACACCCACCAUUCCACAGCCACCUCUAUAUAUCCUACAGCAGCAGUUGCCUCCAGACUGAAGGGCUCAGCCUGGGGGAUUUCCUGGGGAGCCCCAGGCCCUGGAGCAGAGCAGGAGGUAGCCCAGACCUCUGGGACAGCAUGAGGCCCUCUGAAGAGCUAGGAAUGAGGAGAUGCCAGUCCCUUUGUCAGAGGAGCCACAGGCCUGGGUUACAUACUAAUGAGAGCUUUGUCUCCUCACAGUGUAAUCAGGGGGUCUCUUCACCCAGCCCUGCACCAAGUGGGCCUGAGGACCACUCACUCCAGAGGAAGAGUCCCUCCUUCCUGUCCCCUGUGAGAGUCCCUCCUUCCUGUCCCCUGUGAGAGUCCCUCCUUCUUGUCCUCUGUGAGAGUCCCCCCUUCCUGUCCCCUGUGAGAGUCCUUCCUUCUUGUCCUCUGUGAGAGUCAGCAGAAAGUGCUUGAAGAGGAUCUUCUCUACUCCAUUAUUGCCACGGUUGUCUGAGGAGCCAGGAAAAGUUUCCAGAACUGCCAGCUCUUACUCUGAAUUUUGCUCCCAGAAAAAAAAGAGAGAGAGAAGGAACAGCAGCAAGCCACCCUCGUCAGCAGACCGGGAGCCGCGUGGGCCUAGAGCUAUUUGCAUCCCAGUGUGCGGGUGCCUCAGGGACACUGAUGACAAGCUGGGUUCCCAGUGCUGCACCCCCACCUGUGGGCGUUGGGAUGGAUUCCUUCCAUCUCUCAGCAGCAAAGAAGGCCCCUGGCAGCAUCCUGGGGUAGUCAUACCAUCCUGCAGGGUCACAGUGCUGGAGCAAGCCUCCACCCACUACGGGGGGCCAGACGGAGCCAGCUUCUACUACCAAGCUUUGUACCUUCUUCCCUCGGGGGAGCGAGUGAUUCUUCUCUGACCUGAUGAUUGUUUGAUUUUUUUUAAGGGAGGUUUGUAUAGUGAGAAGUAUAUUUCUGUGUGGCUACCCUGGGCUAGUGUGCCACCCAGGCACACUAGUGUGAGCCACCGAAGGUGUGACCUGAGUGAAUGCUGUGUGACGUUUGAUUGUCAGGUGACAGCAGGGGGCCACCGCUGUGU